AUGACGCAGGAUGUAUCUGAUGAAUUACAAGCUUUGUUUUCCGCAGCCAUCGAAGCCAGCUAUCUUACACGAAACCAAGGCGGCAUCGAACUCUGUGUUGACGCGUUGAGUAGGUUGAAGUCUGCGUCUCUUUCCGUCAACGAUAUUCAACGAUUUUCUAAGUCAAUAUUUCGGUUGGAGACUCUGAGAACUCAUAAAAGCCCUAAGAUCAGUGAAGUAUCUCAGUCUUUGUUCGAUUCGUGGUUGUCCACUCUCUACAGACAAGGAAGAAGAGACCAAUCUCUAAAGCCGAAUAAGAAGAAGACGGAGACGCUGCUUGCAAAAACGGAACGGGACAUCAAAGAGUACAAAGAUGAUGGUGGUGGUAAGGUUACAACCAAAACCUUGCUUCCUCCUCCGAGGAGAGUCGCUGCUUGCAAAAACCCUAAUUCCGCGGGGGAAACAGAGGAGAUGGUGGAGCUGCUCGAAGCAGCGAAGAAAGCGGCUGACGUGGCCAACGCUAAGGGUAUUCUCUCUGGCAAAUCAGACGCGUUGAGGUGUGUUGAAGCUAUCUCAUUACUCAUGAAGAUGAACGUCACUCCAAAACCUAAUGAGCCAAGGAGGAUGUUCGAAAGGCUGGAGAGACUUUCCAAGCACAAGGACCGUACGAUUUGCAGUGCUGCAACAACCCUUCUCCAGCUUUGGAGGCAGAGGAUCAGAGAACAAGAACGUAAAGCUGCGUCAGCCAUCGAUAUGAUUCUUCACAAAACUCGUGGAGUUCAUCAGAUACGCGGCCAGGGCUUCACAAGAGAACCUACAAAGACGAGGAAACUAGUGAUGUGA